UCUGGCCGCAAUCGAUUUGGUGAAGGAAAAACCAAUAACUUGGACUAAGUAACGUUGAAACCCCUGAGAAAGAGACGCACUGAUGUUCUGCUGGCUCUACCAAAGCGAGAAGAAUAUCACUUGAAUAGGGGGGCGAAAAUACCACUCUCGCGUGUUCUUUUUAAUACGCCGCCUCCUACUUCUCCACAUCAUGACAAUCCCACUGACUUAUUCCAUUCUAUUCUCGAUUCCGGUCAACGUCUCUUGAACUUACGGCGGCGGCGGUUCGAUAGCCAAUUGAAAGUCGUUCAACGGCCUUUCCGGGCGGAACGUUAGGGACGUUCCCCACGAACUGUUCCAUUCGAUUUGCCUCCCAGUGGUUCGGUGGUUCCUAUUCAGGAGAGAGCGUUAGAAAAAAAAAAUAUUAAUUAAAAAAAGAAAACAAGAAAAAUCUCGCAGAUUGGCCACCGGGACUAGUGGCCUUAUAUCUGCCUGGAACGCUCUCCGGUGUCUUUCACACCCAACCCUAUGUUCCCAUCCGAGCGGCAUUGAUAUACCACACUGUGGCCUGCCUUCAGUCAAGGCUACAACAUUGAAUGCUGGGAGAGACAAUAGUCCCCACAAGUCACCGCGUCUGAUCCUCGAAUUAGCACUUGGCACCCCGUAUAUAUUCUCUUAGUGCCUUCGAGUCACCUUGGGACUACAGUAUAUCACAAUGUUCGAGGACUUCUCUUUCUCAUCCCCCUCGUCUACCAAGCCACCCCGCCUGGCGUUCGAUGGGGACGACAAUCUCAUGGUCGACUGCGACAGCAGCCUGAUCUCUCCUCUAUCCUCCCGAUGUCCUUCGCCUCGUUCCACCGCGACACACCGGAUUCCGAGAUCAUUGCCUCGCUCGCGGUCCUCCUACUUCCGUUCCGCUCAGCCCCCCACCUCCGUUCCCUUCUCUGCAUAUGACGACCAUCAGAAGCGUCUCUCAAUCACCACCUUGACAAGAAAAUUGCAUGAACACACCAUCAAGACCUCAAACAAUGAGACGCAGAUCGGCAGACCCGCCACCCCAACGUCGCCCCCGUCCCUUGACAUGGCCGGCCGAUUCCCGGGAUAUUUCUUGACCCCUCCAGACACAGACCACGAUGACGAGGGUUCUCUAGACUCUCCGUCGCUCACCUCUGGCUCUCUCUCCCCUCAGCCUCAGUCUCCCUUCCUGAGUCCAACAUCCGUCCCGUGUGAUCUCUUCCCGCAAACCGCGGACAUGGACCCUCUAUCCCACGCUCAGGAUAGUUGGAACGUCCGCGCCCAGCGCCAGAACAUCUCCCGUCUCCAAUGCAACCACUCCGAGUUAGAAGCCAUUCGCCGGGCCCUCAUCUCCGACGAUGAGAAGCUGACUACCACCUUCGACCCAGACGCCUGCCAUCCCAGCUCUAUCCCUCCACAAAAGUCCCCCCGCCGAAGAGCGGCCACCCUCCAGCGGAGCCGGUUCCGCCCCCAAUUAGGCCCUGGCCUUUUGGAUCCUCCCUCCUCCGACUCCAAGGGACGAAGGAUGAGCAGUGUCAUCCCCGUACAGGCGUCUCGCAUUGAGAAGAGCUACCAUUCAUCUUCGCGGGAUCUGCGGAAGAAGAGUGAGCAGGGGCUGAGACGGAAGAGUCUUGUCAGUGCUGCAUUGGCGUCCAUGGUGGAGAAGGAAUGCUGAAAAAUAUUCUUGUUCUCGGUUUAUUUUCUGUUUGGGAUCUUUCUUUCCGAUGGAUAUAUUUCACUUUCUCAUCUUCUAUUCUUUUUUCUUUUCAAUGUCGUUACUUGUACAUAUUUGAGGUAGAUACCCUGAUUGUGUGAUUCUCGGUUUGGUUAAUAUCGGCGGUAUGGAGGUAAGGGUUCUGGUGAAAAGGUCCACAGCACAGUUGAUUCGGGUUUACAGGCAUAGACGAAUUUGAAAAAUCAGGCUAU